CUUGGAUGAAAUUUCAAGACCUGCACCUAGCUCAAGACCUAAUUGUAUAUCUUUAAAUACAGUUAUGGAGUUAUUAACACAAGAACCAUGUUUGCAAAAGGUUGAUUCACCUGUCAGUUUGGCUGAUGGUUGUCAGAGAGGCAGUCUAGAAGAUUGCUGUCCAGCAGAAAGCAAAGGUGAUGACAGAGAUAAAUCUGAUGUCCAGGAAGUAAGAACAGAUCAGCAAACAGUGGAGAGUACGACCAUCUCUCUUCGGAAAUGUCUAUGGAAUCCCAACGAGUUGUCAGGAUGCAGCUCUAAUUCAGAUUCUGGAGAUGAAAGCACUGAAAUACAGAUGUUGAAAUUCUGUGAACCUUCCCCAGGACCACCAAGUAAUGCAAAGUCAGAUAAUACCUUACAAACUUCAAAAUCCUGUGUGACAUCCCCAGGAAAUCCAGAAGACUCUUCUGACUUGGAAUGUUCUGAAGAUGCAGAUAUAAAUGCUCAAAUUCAAGCAGCUAUAAAGAAAAUGAAUAAACUCGACACAAUACUUGAAAAACAGAGUUUUAAGGAAAAAGUAGUUAAAAAGCAAGGCAGAGAAAUGAGGGCAAUGCUCUGGGAAGAACUUCAGUCUAUCAGAACCACAGGAAGCCACGACGAGGUGGAAAACACAAACCAGUUUUUAGCUUUGUUCUCAUCGUGGCAUGAUACAGCUGAUCCCUCCCACGCUAAAGAAGAUGAAAUACCUACUUCAGUAUUUCACACACACACAAAUCCUGAAGAUUAUGAUUGCUAUAAAGCCCAAGAAAACCAGGAUUAUCCAAGUGAAUUAGAAACAGAAAAAACAGCAGAAAAAAUGCAUAGCAAAAAUAAAACCAGCCAGCAUUUCAUUAAAAAGAACAUUGAGCUAGCAAAGGAUUCAGGAAACCAGUUUGUUCUGCUUGAGGGAGAAAGGAAAAGACUAACUGAACUAUUGAAAGAUACAGAAGAUGGAACUGAAAAGCAAGAUCUUGAGCAGGAGAAUGUGUCUGUCUGGCAGGCACCAGGAGAAGGAUACACACCUGAACCAAUGGAAUUUCAGCUCCUGAAUGAGAUAGACAAUAAGCUUCAACUACUACUAUCUGAUGGGGAGUUUUCUGCUCUUUCCAGAUCUAGCUCAAAAUGUCCAAGCCUGACAUAUCAGGAGUCUCUGGUUUAUGCAAGCAGAAGCUUAGAAACAGUUCCAGGUGAAAAGGUUCUGCGAGACAGUAAGGAAAAACGUGAUCAACAGAAUCGUCUGAAAGAAAUAGAUUAUCAGCUCGAAUCCCUGGAGAGAAGUCUUACUGAAGAACAAACGAGCCUCUCUGAAGAGCAGCUUAAGACCCUUCUGGAAGAAUGUAUGCAGCCUCAGAGAACAAUAAGUAACGUUACCAUGCCACAGUCUCAGGAAUCUCUUUCUUUUGGAUUAAGUCCCCCUUGUUACACAAGUCAAGACUCCACUCUUCACUCCACAUCUAGUCUUUCCAAAAUGUUAGUUGAAGACCAUAUUGUAGGGAUGUUAAUGGCUCAGGAAAAGGCUGGACUCGAAGACAAAAGCUUGUGUGUUAAUGCAGAGAGCAAAAUCCCUGGCUACUAUAUCAGCAAAGCAUUGGCUGGUAGUCACUUAUCAAAGGAUUCACUGGCCCAAACAGAGGAACCUGAUGACCUAGAAGGUUUACAGAAGAUGGAAGAUAAGAGUAUUACUGAAGGUUACUUUAUGUCAAGAGCACUCAACACAAAAAGAUUGAAGAAACCUUCUUUCUUGGGUGAACCAUUAUAUUGCAUCAGCAUGAACAAUGAGCCAUCCACAGAGGCUGACAUUCUCAGCAUACCACUGCAAACCAAAGGAGAUCAAAUGAACAUUGAGAUUUGAGGUGAGAGCGACAAUAUGCUUCUCUGCACAA